AUGGGUAAUCUUUGUUUGGGAUCUAUUCACGGAGAGAAACAAGAGAAGCUUUCUAUCAGAGGGCGUGAUGUUCCAGGCCCUAUUCCUGAUGUUGGUACAGACGGGAAGGAAGUGGCAAGUGUGUGGCUGUCGGAGCAGACAGGUCCGGACCCGUCUGACCCUGGGGCAGGUGUGACGUGUGGAGAGCGAGGUCCUUCUCUGAGUCUCUGUGAUGUCACAUGUUGGUGUUGGCUUCGGGUCCGCACAGUCCCCCUGUGCCUGGGAGAGGGGGAGGUCCUACACGGGCACAGCCGGAGCAAGUGCCGCAGUCCAGGGUCUUCAGCGCUGCGUCUGUGCCAAGUGCCCUCUCUGGAGCGGGUAGUGUGA